AUGACGUGCUUUGUGUCCAUCGUCUUCAUUUCUUUCGCGCUCCUCAUCAACUUCUGCCGGCCUGUGUUCCUCGCUCAUCCGUUGGCUCGUGCGUCCACUACAGGACUGCCGCGCAUAGACGAUGCCACUCAAAAGCUCUUCCAUGAAAAUGGAUUCCAUGGAGAGUUGGUCAGACGAGCAGGAAGACACGAGCCGCAGUGUGGAGUCGUGCUAUUAGAUUACGAGAAGUACACGGAAGGAGAAUGGUUCGAAAGCAUAUUGGAGCCGUAUGAGGAAACUUUGAGAGAAACAGUAGCAGGGUACUCGCAGGCAAAGGUGUUUUCUGAACUGAAGAAGGACGCAGUGGGUGAACACAAGAAAGAGAUGCGCGCACUCUUCGAGCAAUACAGGAACUCUACGCAGCUGUACAAUGAUGAAAUGGACGUACCCAAUUCUGGAGCCAGAAUCAACAGUGCACGAAUUAUCAAAAAGGACAUGUACCAUGGCGUGAUAAGCAUGCUCCGAAAUCAUGCAGAGGAAGAGCAGCAAAAAAGGAGUAUUUUGGAAAGAAUUGUUGCAACGAGGACAGAGUUGCAUGAUAUGGAAGAAAUGGUGGAAGUGGAAACGAGUUUGUAA